GAGGAAAAAAAGGAGAAAACACUCAAGAAGGACGCAGAUUUGUGAAGGUAGGGCGAGACGAUGGGCUGCAUUAAGAGCAAAGAGGACAAAGGCCCGACAAUGAAGUAUCAGCCUGAGAAUUCCCUGGUGUCAGACCCCCACGCCGCUGCCACCACGCCUCAUGUAGGCCAUUACGGGCCGGAUCCCACCCAGCUGCAGCAGAAUCAGCCUCCAACAUCCACAUCUGGCUCUGUGGCUGCAAAUUUUAACCACACCCUCACACCGUUUGGCGGAUCCUCAUCUGCCAUAACUCCCUUUGGAGGGAUGUCGUCCUCCUUCUCUGGUCCUGUGUCCAACUCAUUCUCUGGUGCUGUCUCAAGUGGUGUUACUUUCUUUGUGGCCUUGUACGACUAUGAAGCCAGAACAUCAGAUGAUCUUACGUUUAAAAAGGGAGAUCGCUUCCAGAUCAUCAACAAUACAGAAGGAGACUGGUGGGAGGCUCGCUCCAUCAACACGGGGAAGAAAGGCUACAUCCCGAGCAAUUAUGUGGCCCCUGCUGACUCCAUCCAGGCUGAAGAGUGGUACUUUGGUAAAAUGGGCCGCAAAGACGCUGAGAGGUUGCUGCUGAAUACAGGGAACCAUCGAGGAACUUUCUUGGUGCGAGAAAGUGAAACUACUAAAGGUGCUUAUUCUCUCUCCAUACGAGACUGGGAUGAAGCCAAAGGAGACAAUGUGAAACAUUACAAGAUCCGCAAGCUUGACAACGGGGGAUACUAUAUCACUACACGAGCACAGUUUGACACAUUACAGAAGCUUGUCAAACACUAUACAGAGCAUGCCGAUGGGCUUUGCCACAGGCUGACCACAGUUUGCCCCACGGUCAAGCCUCAGACCCAGGGACUUGCUAAAGAUGCCUGGGAGAUUCCUCGGGAGUCUCUGCGACUGGAGCUCAAACUGGGCCAGGGCUGCUUUGGAGAGGUCUGGAUGGGCACAUGGAAUGGCACCACUAAGGUGGCCAUAAAGACGCUGAAGCCAGGAACCAUGUCGCCUGAGGCUUUCCUCCAAGAGGCUCAGAUCAUGAAGAAGCUCAGACACGACAAACUGGUGCCUCUCUAUGCAGUGGUGUCUGAGGAACCCAUCUACAUUGUCACAGAGUACAUGUCCAAAGGAAGCUUGCUUGACUUUCUCAAAGAAGGUGAUGGCAAAUUCUUGAAGCUUGUCUUGCUGGUGGACAUGGCUGCAAAGAUCGCUGACGGCAUGGCUUUCAUCGAGAGGAUGAACUACAUCCACAGGGACCUGCGUGCUGCCAAUAUCCUCGUGGGCGACAACCUGGUGUGCAAGAUCGCCGACUUUGGUCUGGCCAGGUUGAUAGAGGACAAUGAGUACACAGCCAGGCAAGGAGCCAAAUUUCCUAUUAAAUGGACAGCCCCAGAGGCUGCGCUGUACGGCCGCUUCACCAUCAAAUCAGACGUCUGGUCCUUUGGAAUCUUACUCACCGAGCUCGUCACUAAAGGCAGAGUGCCCUACCCAGGUAUGGUGAACCGGGAGGUGCUGGAGCAGGUGGAGCGAGGCUACCGUAUGCCCUGCCCCCAAGGGUGCCCCGAGUCGCUGCACGAGAUGAUGAAGCUCUGCUGGAAGAAGGAGCCGGACGAGAGGCCCACUUUCGAGUACCUCCAGUCGUUCCUGGAGGACUAUUUCACCGCCACAGAGCCACAGUAUCAGCCGGGAGAGAACCUAUAGCCUGCCUGGACUGUGGAGUCCUGGGAGGAGACUUAUUUAAAGACAGAGAGGGCAAGAGCUGAAAACUUUGAUUCCAUAGAAAGUUGACUGGAAACUGGGAUGAUAAGUCGCACAAACCACUACUUGCUCUACCUUUUCCUUAUUUUUGGUUCUGCGUCCAGUGUCCACCAACAUUUUGUUGUAUUUUCACGUUUUCUGUUUUUAUUCAUGGUACUACACAAGUCUUAGCUGUGUCAAUUUCUGAUUUUUCGUGUGGAUUCAGUCAUCAUGUAUGAAAUGGCAGACUUCAUUUCAGUUAUGUUUUACACACACAGCUCAUGAACACAAUACUGUGUCGCUGUGAAAUAAGCUGUGGCAAUGCCUGACAAAAGAAAAACGUAUCAUUGAGAGUAGCAGGCUUUUCAAGUGUUUUAAUGUGGAGAUCUCGCACUCCAUUUUUGUCCGAAAUGUAGUCUUUGUGGUAGAUUAGUAAAUUAUGCGUCAAAAUGAUUAAUUGUUGUGAGAGAUAAUAUGUUAAACUGAGAGGGAGAAGCUCUCAGGGGCUUGAUGGUCAUUAUCACAGUUCAUUUGACAGUGAUUAUUUAAAAGCAAAUCCCACACAGCUUAACUUUAUUUACAUUUCAUCAGUUACAGUGCAAUUUCUUUAGUUCUUACAAAUGGGUGACUAGAGAGACUGACACCGUCUUAUUCCUCUCUGGCAAAUUAAAAAAAUUUUUUUUAAAAAAAUAUGUUCCUUUAAGAAUGUAUUAUUGCAAGAAUUUAUUCAUAUCAUGUGGACGAGGUUUUAUAGCUUCAUUUGAAGUCUUUCCCUACUGUCCGUCAUCAUCCAGAAAUAUCUGCUUAGACUUUUUUCAGAACAAUUUGUUGUGUAGUCUCACUGUGAUGACUGUGAGACAUGCUUGCAUAAAACAACCUGUAUAAUUUGUCACUGGGUUUGGUUUUGCAGCAAAAUAACAGUUAAGCAAUGAUGAAACUCGUAGACUUGUGGCUUCUUGCCAAGCUGUUAUGACACUACACAUAUGAAAUUGCUGCCAACCAGGCAUACAGGAGGACUUUACUGGCUGCAGAACUAUUUCUUGAAGGCGGAGAAAUUGAAAAAAAAAAAAAAAAAGCCUACAAAUAAGUUGGAAACAAGCGUCUUAUCUUCCAAAGUGUGACUGCUGAAGAACUCUCAGAAUCUCAUGUUCAUGUAUCCAUGGCGGCUCUGCAGAAACUAUUUGUACGGCAGUGGUGACAGUUUUUUACAGUAAUUUUCUCUUUGCAUUUUGUUCCUGUAUGGACUCACCAGGACAAUAUUAUUAUGGGAUAACUGAUGACUGCGCUUGUAAAGAAGGGCUUUGUAUAUUAUUAAAUUCUCAUUUUAUAUUAUUAAUAAAAUGGACAAGAUU